AGACUGUACUGAGCAUGCGUCACAGAUGCUAACAGCUCUAGUUAGCUUCAUAGCGCUGGUAUCUGAAUCCUCGUAUGUUUUACUGGCAUUUUAAUUUAAUAUAAGUUUAAUUUAACUCUAUUAUAACUUUGAUUUAUGUUCAGAGUGUCUUCUCGGCUGUUAUGCCUCAGUGUUUAAUAGCUUUAUUAGAUUUACCAGCAGUUAGCGGGUUGUUGUUGUUAGCUUGUGUGAUGAUGGGGCUCAUUUAGUCACAGUUUAGCUACUAACAGCUGCCGGUGUCUGAUCUCAGGAUGAUCAAGUUCAUGCUGAUGGUGAACCGGCAGGGUCAGACCAGACUGUCCAGGUAUUACCAACCUGUGGAGCUGAGCAAGAGAUCAGUGCUGGAGGCUGAUGUGGUCCGCUGCUGCCUGAGCCGCAAGAAGGACCAGUGUUCCUUUGUGGAGUACAAAGACUUUAAACUGGUCUACCGCCAGUACGCUGCGCUGUACAUCGUGGUCGGAGUCACAGACAACGAGAACGAGCUGUCCGUCUACGAGCUGGUUCAUAACUUUGUGGAGGUUUUGGAUAAAUACUUCAGCCGCGUGUCUGAUAACUGUUUGUUUGUCUCCCCUGACAGAGUGAACUGGACAUCAUGUUUAACCUGGACCGAGUCCACAUCAUCCUGGACGAGAUGAUCCAGAACGGACACAUCGUGGAGACAAACAAGAGCCGCAUCCUCGCGCCGCUCAACGCCCUCGACAAGAUGGCCGACGGCUGAGGCUCCACCGAGGCAAUUCAAAAGAGGCUGGGAUGUGCUCUUUGACCCCAGGGGAGCUUUGGAGUACGACACAUGUGAUGUAACUGGAGCUGUGAUGUGGGAGGGUUACAGCAGACAGAGCUAGAAAUAAAGCGACGAUAUCCGCUGAGGUGCUCUUUGUGUGCGCUCGGCCUGACAGAACUUUGGGUCCACUCCAUUGGAUGAAUUUGUUUAAGCAUUUGUGUACGGUUUUAUUUAUUGGUUCAGACUGACAUCAUCAGCAGUCGACUGUAAACUGAGUCAAACCUGCAGCUUUGUGACUAUUAAAGGUGCCAAUGUUCUGAUGCUGAUUAAUCAUUAA